CUCUAGCUACGGUCACACCAUCGCACUGUAUCGAUUCGGAGCUGAUAUUUGCAAGUAUUUAAAAGCGCAAAAAUGCGCACCAAAGCGCAGGAGGCUGAAUGAAGAAACCCCUCCAAAACCAGAACAGAAGCAACAACCAUGGAAAUACCGAUACAGGUGGCUGUGCGUAUUUUUCCGCACAGGGAGCUCAAGGAUUUAAAGGAGAGUGUCGCCCCCGCUGGUUUUAGCCAGGAUGUGAAGUCGGAGGCCGAAGGAGCGGACUCCAAGGACAUUGGAGAUGCAGUGGCGGGGGCGGAUGCCAAGGGACCGUCGGAUACAAACGGAAAUGCCGAGGAGGACUGUGCGUCUGAUCCGAAACCAAGUAUGGACUCCAAUGGCAACGAUAGCGGACCCAAAGACUCGCCGCAGUCCAGAUAUUGCGUCCAAGCCAUCCCCAUCAGCGCCUCCGCCCUGGGGCUACCCAGUGCCCUGCCGGGCGGCGAUCCCAUGGACAGCAUUGCGGCUGGACUCAUCCAGGUGGGGCCCCACACGGUGCCCGUUACCCACGCCCUGGCCAGCAGCAGCUCCCAGCAGCAGGUGUACCACCAGACGGUCUUUCCGCUCAUCACCCUCUUCCUGGAGGGAUUUGACGCCUCCGUGGUCACCUACGGGCAGCAUGGCCAGGGCAAGAGCUACACCCUCUACGGCAGUGUCGGGGAUAGCGCCCAGAUGGAGCCCUCCGAGGGAGUCGUCCACCUCUGCGUCCGGGACAUCUUUGCGCACAUAUCCUCGCACCCAGAACGUACCUAUGCCAUAAACGUGGGAUUUGUGGAAAUCUGCGGAGGUGAGGUCUGUGACCUGUUGGGCAUGGGCAACAUACACUGCACCAACGUAGAAGCCGUCUUCCGCUGGCUGCAGGCGGGUUUGUCGGCCCGCCAGUCGCUGCCUGCGCACACGCUGUUCACGCUCACCCUGGAGCAGCAGUGGGUGUCCAAGGAGGGACUGCUGCAGCACCGCCUGUCCACGGCCAGCUUCUCGGAUCUGUGCGGCACGGAACGCUGCGGCGAACCGCCACCUGGACGGCCGCGCGAUGCGGGCCUGCACAUGCUGGAGCAGGUGGUCAGCACUCUCACGGAUCCCGGACUCAUGUACGGGGUCAAUGGCAACAUUCCGUAUGGCCAGACCACACUCACCACUUUGCUGAAGGACUCGUUCGGCGGGAGGGCUCAGACGCUCGUGAUCCUGUGCGUGUCGCCGUUGGAGGAGCACCUGGUCGAGACCCUGGGCAACCUGCAGUUCGCCUUUAAGGUGCAGUGCGUGCGCAACUAUGUGAUCAUGAACACCUACUCGGACGACAACACGCUGAUCGUGCGGCCUCCAGAGGCGCUGCCAGUUUCCGAUCCCGCAGCUGGACCUUUGGCGCAGGCGGUGUCGGGCGACAAUUUUGGCCUGCAAUUUGCGGCCAGCCAGUGGUCCAAACUAGUGACCAACGCGGAGGGGUUGUUUGCCAAGUUAAUGGAAUCCAAGCUCAUCAGUGAACUGGAGAAGGAACAGAUCGAGGAGUGGCUCUACCUUAAGCAGGAGUGCGAGGAGUGUCUCAGCUCAACAGAGGCCUUGCGCCAGCAUAGGCAGCUGGUUCCCAUUCAGGAGGCCGAGGAGCCGGAGGACUUAAACUCCGAAGCGGCCAACUCUGAGCCAGCCAACUCUGAGCCGCCCAACUCCGACAACGAAAACGACACGGACAAUGAGUCGCAGCGGCCCGACUUAGCCGACAAAAUGGAGAGCCUAAUGGAGGAGUUCCGCGACAAGACGGACGCGCUUAUCCUGGAGAGGCACGCAGAUUACCUGGCCAAACACCCAAAGGCGGUCAUGCAGAGCCAGGACCGCGAGAAUCAGCCGCAGCAGCCAGCGGAAAACGGGGAGGAUCGCAAGACUAGCAUCGGCGGUCGCAGGAGAAGCAUUCAGCCAGGCGCCAGCUUGAGUACAGCAGAGCUGGCUAUGCUUAAUCGAGUAGCCUCGCAGCAGCCGCCGCCGCCCAUCGAUCCCGAUUCUAUCAUCGAUCCUCUGGACAGUUCCUCGGGCGAAGGUCUCCGCCAGGCGGCUCUCGCUGCAGCCGCCGCCAUCGCUCCCAUCGAGCAGCUGCAGAAGAAGCUGCGCAAGUUGGUCGCCGAAAUCGAAGGCAAGCAGCGGCAGCUGCGGGAAAUCGAACAAACGAUCCAGGUGAAGCAAAACAUUAUUGGCGAAUUGGUCAAGAACAGCGACACGCGCAGUCACGCCAAGCAGCGAUUCCAUAAGAAGCGUGCCAAGCUGGAGGCCGAGUGCGACAAGGCUAAGAAGCAGCUGGGAAAGGCACUAGUGCAGGGCCGGGAGCAGCCGGAAAUCGAGCGCUGUACCACGAUAAUUGCGCACCUCGAGCGCCGGCUGGAGGACCUCAGCUCUAUGAAGCACAUUGCCGGAGAAAGCGGGCAGAAGGUGAAGAAACUCCAGCAGUCAGUGGCCGAGUCGCGAAAGCAAGCCGAUGAGCUGGAGAAAAAGCUUCGCAAGGAGAGCAAGUUGCGCGAUCAGCUGGAGGCGGAGUUGGCCAAGCUGCGGGAUUCUCGGGACACAGGCAAGGAGCUGGUAAAGACCCAGGCGGGCUCUCCAGAACAGCAUGGCCGCCAGCUCAAGGCGGUACAGGCCAGAAUCACUCACCUAAACCACAUUCUACGCGAGAAGUCGGACAACCUGGAGGAGCAGCCGGGAGCAGCGCAGCAGGAGAGCUUGCGCCACGAGAUCCGCAACCUGCGCGGCACUCGCGAUUUGCUGCUAGAGGAACGCUGCCAUCUGGACCGCAAGCUCAAGCGGGACAAGGUGCUGACCCAGAAGGAGGAGCGCAAGUUGCUCGAGUGCGACGAAGCCAUCGAGGCCAUAGACGCGGCCAUUGAAUUCAAGAACGAGAUGAUCACGGGCCACCGCUCCAUAGACACCAGUGAUCGGAUACAGCGGGAGAAGGGCGAGCAGAUGCUGAUGGCCCGCUUGAACCGUCUCUCGACGGAGGAGAUGCGCACGCUUCUGUACAAGUACUUCACCAAGGUGAUUGACCUGCGCGACUCCUCGCGCAAGCUGGAGCUGCAGCUAGUACAGCUGGAGCGCGAGCGGGAUGCCUGGGAGUGGAAGGAGCGCGUCCUGUCCAAUGCCGUGCGUCAGGCCCGUCUAGAAGGCGAACGGAAUGCCGUGCUGCUGCAGCGCCAGCACGAGAUGAAGCUCACCCUGAUGUUGCGCCACAUGGCCGAGGAAACGUCGGCCAGCUCGGCCAGCUACGGAGAGCGAGCUCUGGCCCCCGUCACGGCAACCUCUCCAAGGCAGACCAACAGCGACUUCGACUACGACGAUUUCUACAAGGCGACUGGCAGUAAUCCCAGCAAGGCGCUGGUCAAGGCGCCCAAGCCGUUGCCCACUGGCUCGGCGCUGGACAAGUACAAGGACAAGGAGCAACGCAGUGGGCGCAACAUCUUCGCCAAGUUCCAUGUGCUCACCAGGUACGCCUCGGCUGCAGCAGCAGCAGGUUCCUCAGGCUCCACGGCCGAAGAAUCAACGGCGUUGAUAGAGUCGACCACUACGGCCACGGCUACCACCACAACCACCACUACUACCACGGGAGCGGUGGGAAAAAUCAAGGAUAAGGCCUUGGUCAGCUUUAGGCCGGAGCAGCUUAAGCGACUGAUGCCAGCGCCGACGGCCACGAAGGUGACGCGGCAAAAGAACAAGAUAAUUAUCCAGGACGCGAGUCGUCGUAAUUAGGCACGAAUUUAUCCAUUUCCAGGGCGAUUAUAUCAGGUUAAGCCAAAUAGCCAUAGGCCAUGUAUAGACAAGUAUCGAAACUAGACCACUAUAAUGACAAAGGCGGCAUUUAUCUAGGUAAAAAUAUUACUUCUUCCGGUUAAAAUAUACAUAUAGCAUUUUUAAUGAUAACUAUUAAGAGAUUUAAAUGAUGGAAAACAAGUCAAAAGAACGAGGAAACCCAUUUUAAGUUCAAAUUUUACAUGAACAAAUUUUUACAGCACCUAAAAUUAAAAAAUUAUCAAGUCAUUUUUUUAUAAUUGUCGCCUUUGUUAUUUAAGGGGCUAGAGUUCAAUAUGUUUUGAGGAAGAAAACUCAAAACCCGGCCACAAGUACUGAACAAGAUUCGUCCACAGUCAUCACACAAAUAGACUUGAAACGGUUCUCAUUCUGACUCAUUAGCUGGAAAGCAUUUAUUUUACAAACCUAUACACAUAUACCUAGCAUAACAAUUAUCCUCAUGAUAUUUAACUGCAAAGACUUGACCUGCUUCUUAAGAUACUCGCAAGACAAACCACACAUACAACUCGCUCAAAGUGUUGAAUUUGCUACACUCACCGUUUAACCUGUAUAUAACUAUUAUGUGUUAGUUUACUACCUAAUUUUAAUUGAUUUUUGUAAGUUUUAGGUUAGUUGCAAACACUAUUGUGUCUUCCCUCGAAUUUUACUUAACUUUUGUUACUACCCAAAAUACUCGUACUUGAUUCAACAAGUGUUAACUUUUAUGAACUCUAUCAAAA